AUGCCGCCAAAGCGCGACACAAACUUUACUGAUAUCGGUGUCGCUGGACGCAAAACCGGCGUAACGAUCCGCGACACCGGCCACCGCGACGAACUCGGCAUGGAGCCACUCUCGGGCUUCUUCAGCUCCCCCAUCAAAACGCCCGCCCCACCACCACAAUCCAAAACCCCCGCCGCUGACCUUGCCCCCACCACCACCGCCCAGCAGCCCACGAGCUCCCCAGCAAAACUGUCAAUGAGCAUGGACCUCGUCACCACCACCAGCCCGACCCCCGCCCGCCUCAGCCGCGACCGGGCGUCGCUGCCCCCGCGCGCGCGCUCGCCGGCAAAGACGGCGAUCGGCGGCGUCACGCCUGCGCGCAGGGCGUCGAGCGUGGGGCUGGGCACGCCUGCGGAGGGCGUCGUGGAGAGGGUGCUGUUUACCAGCGCGGUAGCAGCAGCAGCAGCAGUGGUGGAGAGCUCGCCGGUGCUGCCGGUGCUGCCGGGGGUGGCGGAGGAGACGGCGUCGUCGUCGCCGGCGCUGUCGCUGCCGCCGGUGAAGGCGAAGAAGGCGCCGGUGAAGAGGGGCGGCGGGCUGCUGGUUAGUAAGAAGCCGCCCCCGGCGCCGGCGCAGAAGACGUUUUCGUUGAUGGAGGACGAGGUGGAGUCGGAUGGGGAGUUGGAGUUGGGGGGGAGUGGGGGGGUGGAGGAGGAUAGUGUUGUGGAGGCGGCGGUGACGCCGGUGGCGACGACGAAGGGGAGGGGGAAGACGGCGGCCGCGGCGUCGACGGAGAAGAAGAAGGUUAAUGGCAGCGCGAAGGGGAAGGGCAGGAAGGCGGCGGUAGCCGUAUCAGAGCCAGAGCAGGAGGAGGAACAGCCCGAGGAGGAGGAGGCCGAAGCUGAGCCGACGCCGAAAACUAAGCCUGCCACUGCGCGCGCGAAGAAGGCCGCGGCCAAGGUCGUCCUGGAGCCGGAGUCGGAGGCCGAUACAGAGGUCGAGGCGGUGGCGAAGACGAAAGCGGCGAAUAACCGCGGGAGGAAGACGAUUGCGAAAGCGGCGGCGCAAGAACCGGAGGUAGAGCAGGAGCAGGCGGACGAGGACACCGAGGUGGAGGAGGUCCCGGCGCCGACGACGAAGACGAAGGCUGCAGCGGGCAGGGGGAAGAAGGCGAAAGCCGUUGAGCCAGAGCCGGAGCCGGAAGCGGAGGGAGAAGAAGAAGUAGUCGAGGAUCCGACGCCGAAGCGGAAAGGUGUGGCGCGCGGGAGGAAGAAGGCUGCGAAGCCUGCUGCUGGACCGGAGCCGGAGCCAGAAACGGCCGCGAAGACGGCGCCGGAGCCGGAGCCUGAGGGCGAGACGGAGUCCGAUCCAGCACCAGCGCCAGCGCCGAAAUUGAGAGGUCGCCAGAAGAAGACUGCGAAGGCCUCGGCGCCUGAAGCAGAAGCAGAAGCAGAAGCAGAAGAAGAAGAAGAGCAGGCAGCGCCUAAACAGCCGGCCAAGGGCAAGGGCCGUGGAAAAGCUGCUGCCGCUGCAAAGGUCGUUGACAACGAGGAGGAGGAGGAGGAGGAGGAGGAGGAGGUCGAGUCGGAUCCGCCUGCGCCAGCAGCUAAGGGUUCCCGCGCAGGGGGGAAGAAGGCGGUGAAGGCGACAGAGCGGGUCAAGAAGGCUGCGGCCCAGCCUGCAGUGGACUCCGAGGACUCUGAGCCCGCCACUACACGGGGCCGCCGCGCCGGCGCAAAGAAGGUCGUUGAGAUCCCCGAGUCGCCACUCGAGGCCACGCAGCAGCCCACGGACACUGAAGAAGCUGGCCCGUCACGGAAGCGCUCCAAGACCACCACCGCCGCCGCCGCCGCCAAAACUAAAGCCAAGCCCAAUGCCAAUGCCAAGGGUAAAGGUAAAGCACCCACUAAGCAGCUCAGCCCCGAACUACAGUCCUUCACGCCGCGCUCCAACUCCAAGCGCGCCUCUGCAGCAGUAAUCGGCAAAAGGGGCACCCAGCGCAUCAUCACGCAGCCCCCGCCCUCGCGCGCAGCAUCAGUGGAGGCUGCAGCCGCGGGCGCAAGAAGGUCUACCCGCGCGACGCUGCCGCCGCUCGCGUUCUGGCGCGGAGAGAAGGUGGUGUAUCAGCUCGACGGCAAGCGCGGAAAGGACGCGAUGGCGAUGCCGACGAUUGCGGAGGUGAUACGCGUCGAGAGCGACGAGGACGAGGGGAAGCGGGGGGUGAAGCGGAAGCGGGCUGCUGCUGGGGGUGCUGCGAAGAAGCGGGUGAGGAGUGAGGCGGUGGAGGUGGAGGCGGGGGAGAGUGAUCCUGAGGAGGAGGAUUGGGAGACGAGGGUGGUGGAUGGGGAGAUUGGUGUGGUGAGGGGGUAUGUUAAGACUUUUCGGCGUGAUGGUGGUGGUGUUAGGCGUGCGGAGGAGGAGGAGGAGGAGGAGCUGGAGGAGAGGGAGCUGGCGUUUUCGAGGAAUAGGAUUGUGACGGUGGAGGUUGCGAAUGGGGAUUUUACGUUUGUGAAGACGUGUACGGAGGAGUUUUUUGGGACGGGUAUGGUCGAGAUCCCGCCCGGGGGCGUGAAGAGGACGAAGAAUUCGGGGAAGAUGCAUUUGGUUUUCUAUGUCAUUGAGGGCAAGGUUGCGGUUAGGGUCGGCGAGAAUGCGUUUAGGGUGAGGAGGGGGGCGCAGUUUAUGGUGCCGAGAGGGAAUUUGUACUCCAUCGAGAACCCAUACGACUUUAAAGCAAAGAUGUUCUUUGCCCAGGGCUGCGAGAAGGUCGUUAGUGGCGGCGGCAGCAGCGGCGACGACGACGACGAUGAAGAGGAGGAGGAAGCCGAAGGCGACGAAGGGGUAGAUGGAGAAGGAGCCAGGGACUAG